CCUUUCAGAAUAAAGGUGAUCCAUUAAUUAAUUCACGCAGUUAUCCAAGGAUUAAAGAGGAAGAAGACAUGGAGUCUUCAUAUGCAGACAGCUCUGGACAGGAAUUUUAUGGAUCGGUGAAGGAAGAGGCCGACUCAAAUAAACAAGGGAGCCUAGUGUACAACCCUGAUACUUUACUCUGGAUUAAGAGUAUUGAUGAAACUAACUUCACAGCCGAUGAUGAUUCCAAAGGAAAAGAACCAUCACAAAGUGGUGUUCACCCAAAAAUUGGAGCGAAUGUUACUGAAAAGGUGGUUAAGAGACGCCCCAGAUUUACAGCCUCAGAAGAGUUUGUUUUAGUGAGAGAGCUGCUGGAGCACUAUGAUAAACUGUUUGGGGAACGAGCCAGAAUUACCCCAUUUGCACAGAAAGUUUCCGUUUGGCAGAAGGUACUCGAUAAUGUGAAUUCUGUGGGUGUUCUGCAGAGAGGGAUUGAGGAGGCUAAGAAGCACUGGUAUCUCUACAAACAUAGACUAAUAGACAAACUGGUGGCGAUGCAAAAGCAAACACCAGGCCCUGGAUCGGAGCCCUCAUUACUUGCCCGGUUGACACCACUGGAGAGCAAAGCAGCCAAUCUUUUUAAAUUAGAAUAUGUACUCAGAAGUUCCUCUCACCCACCAAUAGCACAACAUGUCCCUGGGAGCCAGGGUGGUGUGGAUAUUGCUGGAGAUAUCAGGAAAGAGAGUUUGUUUGCACAGAAUGGCAGUAGUAGGGAACAGAGUGGCAGUGGUUUGGGGUUUACUGAUUAUACAUUCUCGAAAGCUCCGCGCAACAUCAAAUUUUCUUUUGAUGAAAACUGUGCUCUUGUACAUGAAGCAGUAGGUGUCUGGGACAGUAUCAUUGGGAGGAAUGCAGCAACCACCUCCCAAGCCCGGAAGAACUUUUUGUGGUCUAGGAUUGUAGAAGCUGUAAAUGCAGCAGGCACCCAGCCCAGGAGUGCCGAAAACUGCAAGAAGAGACUAAGGGAUAUAAAAAGACGCGUAAAGGCAAAAAUGAUUGAUCAGCACAAGUAUUCCCAACUUAACGGGGGUGGUCCUUGCCUGGAGCUACAAUACUUAUCAUAUGAAGAAGAACUGAUGCAUGUCAUCGGCUCAGAGACUAUUCGACCAGUGGAGGGACAUGUGGACACAGACCGAGAACCACGUCCUAGUAAUCAUACUCCUCCAGCACGUAUGGGCUUCUCGUCCUAUACAAGUUCUGGACAGAAGAAUGAAGGUAAAUAUGAGCCUGAAGAAGAGAACUGUUAUGAAGAUGAUUUUUGGAACCAUUCUUCCUUUGACAUGGCAGAAGAGGAGGAAGAAGAUGACAAGGAGAUGGUGAUAAAAAUGGAACCCAUCGACUACAGCAAGGAUGCGCCCACACCUUCGCCACAAUCGUUCCCUGCACCUGCCCCAUCUCUGCCAACAGCUACCCAGCCUUGCAUGGCUUCCCAACUCCAUAUUCCUUCUACCAAAGCAAUUGUUGCUACCAGACCUCCUGUUGUUCCAGCCAAACUUUUUCCAGCUAGCGCCAAGCCCCUUCCUGCUGUAACCAAGUCUGUUCCUGUUUCUAACAAACCCUCUUUAGUGACUACCAAGCCUCAUCUGAUACCUAACCACCCUUAUUCUUCAUUGUCGGCUCCAAGUAACCACCCAAACUCUACCAACGCAGGAACCAUUAAUAAAGUUGUUGGGAGUCUUCAUACAGCACAACGUCAGUACCACAGAUCCCAAAGACAUCAGAUGCAUGUUCUUCACAUGGACUUGUUACAUUUAGGCGUAGGGGUUCAGCAGCUGACCAGAAAUAUAAAGGUGAACAACCACGUUCGAGCAACUGAAAGGGCAAGAGAAUUUAGGCAAAAGCAAAAACAUAUUGAAGAGCAGAGGCAAUACAGAACGGAGAAGUUACAUCUGCUCAGGCAACACCACGAGGCCAAGCUGAAGAUCAUGCAGGAGCACUAUGAAAAGAAAGAAAAGAUCAUGCAUGAGAACAACCUCUUACUCAGGGGUAUUUUACAACAGUUGUCAAUUCCUGCAGGGACAUUUCUUGCAGCCACAUGUUCCACAGAUGAACAGAGUACAUCUCGCAUAAAAGUACCCUCAACAAACAAUGACCCGUCACCGCCUGCUCAGAGCUCGGAUAAGCCACUGACAAAUAAAGGUGUUAGAACAAGAGGCGGAAAGGGGAGAGAAGAGACAUAAUGGUUGUCCUGCCCUUUAGUCAGUUUUAGUUCUGUUAACAAACUAUACUUAGUACAGUAUAUGAUAGCAUUCCUGGAAAUCCAUCAGAAUAGUUAACUAAUAUUGAAAUAUUUUAUAAACUGG